AUGUCUGGAGUUAAUAUUAACAACCUGCAAAACACUUUCCAACGUGCUAUGAAUCUGUCAGGCUCACCAGGUGCUGUUUCCACUUCGCCUACUCAAUCCUUUAUGGAUGCUUUGCCUCGUCGCAUGAGUACUUCCAAACACAUCAAGACAUUGAAACCGUUUUCUACUGGUGACAUGAAAAUUCUUUUACUGGAAAAUGUGAAUGAAACAGCCAUCAGUAUUUUCAAGGAGCAAGGCUACCAAGUUGAAUUCUACAAAGCCGCCCUGCCUGAAGAAGAGUUGAUUGAAAAAAUUAAAGAUGUCCACGCCAUCGGUAUUAGAUCAAAGACAAAAUUAAGUGCAAAAAUUCUAGAGCACGCCAACAAUCUUGUGGUAAUCGGAUGUUUCUGCAUUGGAACAAAUCAAGUCGAUCUUACGUACGCUACUCAACACGGUAUUGCCGUUUUCAAUUCCCCUUUCUCAAACUCGAGAUCUGUUGCGGAAUUGGUUAUUGCUGAAAUUAUCAGUUUAGCCAGACAGUUAGGUGAUAGAUCCAUUGAGCUUCAUACUGGUACUUGGAAUAAGGUUUCUCACAAGUGUUGGGAAGUAAGAGGUAAAACUUUGGGUAUCAUUGGUUAUGGUCACAUCGGUUCUCAAUUGUCCGUUCUAGCAGAAGCAAUGGGUCUUCACGUCUUAUAUUACGACACCGUAACAAUUAUGGCCUUGGGUACUGCUAAACAAGUUCCAACUCUGGAUGAAUUACUAAAUAAGUCGGAUUUUGUUACUUGUCACGUUCCUGCUACCCCAGAAACCAAGAACAUGUUAUCCGCACCACAAUUCGCAGCCAUGAAAGAUGGUGCUUACGUUAUCAACGCUUCCAGAGGUACAGUUAUUGAUAUCCCAGCUUUGGUCGCAGCUUGCAAAUGUGGUAAGAUCGCUGGUGCCGCUCUUGAUGUUUACCCUAACGAGCCAGGUAAAAAUGGUGAAGGUGUCUUCAACAACGAAUUGAACAGCUGGACUUCUGAAUUUGUCUCGUUGCCUAACAUCAUUUUAACUCCUCACAUUGGUGGUUCCACCGAGGAGGCUCAAAGCUCUAUUGGUGUAGAAGUCGCCACUUCAUUAACCAAAUACAUUAACGAAGGAAACUCCGUCGGAUCUGUGAACUUCCCUGAGGUCUCUUUAAGAUCUUUGGAUUACGAUCAAGAGAAUACUGUCCGUGUACUAUACAUCCAUCACAAUGUUCCUGGUGUGUUGAAAACGGUCAACAACAUCCUUUCGAACCAUAAUAUCGAAAAGCAAUUUUCUGACUCGAAUGGCGACAUUGCUUAUCUAAUGGCUGACAUUUCAAGUGUUGAUCAAAGCGACAUCAAAGAUAUCUACACGCAAUUGAACCAAACAGAAUCCAAAAUCUCCAUCAGAUUGCUUUAUUAA